AUGGCUCUGAGCUCCAGGGCUCAUGCUUUCUCAGUGGAAUCAUUGGUGGGGAAUUCUCAGAAAAGGAAACUCCAGGACAGCAAAGAAGAGGAAGAUAAUGAGUCUGGAGACCCUAAAAAAAGAGGGAAGGAGCCCUUGGGGACCCCAAGGAAUGAUGAGACUGGUUAGUCUUGCUGCUUUGUACCUCCAUGAGAUAUGACAGGGCAUUUAUAGCUUCUCUGCUAAAUUGGAUAUUAUGGAUCAGAGAAGGCUGGACAAUGAGGAUUUAUGGAGGAGAAUACAGCACAGCCUUACAAAAAUCAAGGGAUUUGUGUAUGAAAUUGCCCCUCAAAUCUCACUUGUAAAUGUUCUAUUUUGACAUCUUGGCCAGAGUCCAUCUCAGAUCACAAUAGGAGAGUCAUUAGCCAUAUUCAGCUUGAUACCAGCUGGGAUCACUGAUGACAUCUGAAAACGCUUUGUGGGAUUAAUUCGCUCUGUUUCCCUAACAAGUCUUUUUAUUAAUAAUCUCAGCAAUUGUGAUAGCAAAUAGAUUGUCCAUAAAACGCUGAGGGUCUUAUUUAAUCGCACAGGUGGUUGUGCUUUUAAAGGAUUUAGUUUUCUUUUUGUUUAAAUAGAUACAAUGUUUCUGAGAAUUAAACUUUGUAGCAGGAUCUGAAAGUUUUCUUGAAAGGAGAAUUAGCAGCCUUUAGCAGUCACUUGGGAGUAGAAGUCAGUCCUCACAAUAUUUAUGUGCAAAAUACUUACAUUUUAAUAGACAGUGUAUUUAUACUCAUUCGUGGAUUAUAAUGCAUUUUUACAUGUAAAUAAUAUUUAUUCGUUAUCUGUGGGUAUGGAGAUAUAAUAUUAUUAAUGUUAUCUAAUACACACUAUUUACACACAUUAUUAUAUAUAUAUAUGUGUGUGUGUGUGUGUGUGUGUAUAUUGAAUAAUAUGUGCAUGUAAUACUUAGUUCAUGAUGAUAUCAAAUAUCUAAUGAUGUGUGUUCACACUACUAUGAUAUAUAGUGUGUGCUUAUAAUAUAUAGUACAUUGUGAUAUAUCAUAUAUCUAAUAAUGUGUGCAUUUAUUAUGUAGUGUAUUGGGAUAUAUUCUAUAUCUAAUAAUGUGUGCAUUUAUUAUAUAGUAUAUUGUCAUAUAUCAUAUAUCUAAUAAUGUGUUGUUUACACGUAGUGCAUUGUGAUACCUACAAUAUCUAACAAUGUGUGUAUAUAACAAAUUAUGUUUAUAACAUAAAUACAUUGUGAUAUAUAAUAUAUCUAAUAAUGUGUUGUUUUUACAGUAGUGCAUUGUGAUACCUGCAAUAUCUAACAAUUUGUGUAGAUAACAUAUUAUGCAUAUAACAUGUACAUUGUGAUAUAGAUUAUAUAUCUAAUACAUUCUGCAUUUAGUACAUUUUUACAGUGCAUUAAACAUAUAGUGUAUUAUGAUAUUAUAUAUAUAUAAUGUAAUAAUAACACGCAGUGUAUUAUAAUAUCAUAUAUAUCUAUAAUAAUAACAUGUAGUGUAUUAUAAUAUAAUAUAAUAUAUAUAAUGUAAUAAUAACAUGUAGUGUAUUAUAAGAUAUAUAAUGUAAUAAUAUCAUGUAGUGUAUUGUAUUAUAAUAUAAUAUAUAAAUAUAUAAUGUAAUAAUAACCUGUAGCGUAUUAUAAUAUAUAUAUAUAUAUAUAUAUAUAUAUAAUGUAAUAAUAACAUGUAGUGUAUUAUAAUAUAAUGUAUAUAUAAUGUGAUAAUAACAUGUAGUGUAUUAUAAUAUAAUAUAUAAAUAUAUAAUGUAAUACUAACCUGUAGUGUAUUAUAAUAUAAUGUAUAUAUAAUGUAAUAAUAACAUGUAGUGUAUUAUAAUACAUAGAUAUAAUAAUAUUACAGUGUACACAUAACAUGUAGUGUAUUAUAUAUAAUAUUACAGUGUGUAUAUAACAUGUAGUGUAUUGUACUAUUUAUAUAUAUAUAUAUAUAUAUUUAUUAUGUACAUAUAACAUGUACUGUAUUACAAUAUAUAGUAUUAUGUACAUAUAACAUGUACUGUAUUAUAAUAUUACAGUGUACAUAAAACAUGUAGUGUAAUAUUAAAAUGUAAAUAAAACAUGUAGUGUAUUAUAUAUAUUAUGUACAUAUAACAUGUAGUGUAUUAUAUAUAAUAUUAUGCACAUAUAACAUGUAGUGCAUUAUAAUAUAUAUUAUCACAGUGUACAUAAAACAUGUAGUGUAUUAUAAUAUAUAAUAUCACAGUGUGCUUGUAGUAGGACCACACGGGGCAUGUUUCCUGGACCCAUUUCGGGUGUCUGAUCGCGUCCUCUCGCUGUGUCUCUAGUGGUGAACAGACCCAGAUCGGUAGCAGAUCCAGACAGGAUUUCCCCGGAUCCUAGCAGUGUCAGCCCGGACUGUGUGCAGCUCGAAUUACAGGGAGCCGAACUCUGGAGGAGAUUUCACGAAAUCGGUACCGAAAUGAUCAUCACCAAAGCUGGGAGGUACUAUAUGCACUCCUGCUAUAUUAUAAUAUUAAUUUAAAAAAACAAAACAUAAAUAUUAAUAAUCACUUAAACAAGGGGGAAAUGUCUGCACUCCUGCUAUAAUAUAAUAUUAAUUUAAAAACACAUAAAUAUUAAUAAUUACUUAAACAAGGGGGUAAUGUCUGCACUCCUGCUUUAUUAUAAUAUUAAUUUAAAAAAUAAAUAAAUAUUAAUAAUUACUUAAACAAGGGGGUAAUGUCUGCACUCCUGCUAUAUAAUAAUAAUAAUAAUAAUAAUAAUGAUAAUCAAAAACAUAAAUUAUAAUAAUCACUCAAACAGGGGGAUACUGUCUACUAUAUAAUAAUAAUAAUAAUAAUAAUAAUAAUAACCAAAGCAGGGACAUGCUGUCUGCUAGCAUAGUAUAACAUAAUAAUAAUUAAUAAUUAAUAUCUGAAUUCUGGAGGUAUUUCUUUUAUGAAAUCAUUAACAAUUACUAUUACUAUUAACCUUCCUUAUUAUUACUACAAAUAAUAAUCACUACCACAGCAAUAUAUACAUACUACAUUUUAUUCAUUGUAUUUUGCUUAUCAUUCUUUUUUUAACUUUUUUUAUUUUAUUGCUCUGCACGGUAUAUUUGGAUGUAAUAAAUAAUGUAUAUAAUUCUAGCUCUUGUAUACGUAAAAUAUGUUUUAUUAAUACAUAGUAAAUACGAUCUGUGUGUCUGUGUGUGUGUGUGUAUAGUGCUGCGUAAUGUCUUUUUACAGUAUAAUAAUACUCCUAAAGUGUGACUUUAUUUCAUUAAAAUACCAUGGUAUUGCGAUAUAUCAUUUUUAUUUUUGAGGAAUUACACAGUUGCUCAUUAAUCGUUUUAUAACUCUGAUCCAAAAAAAAGAAAAAGAAAAGGCAUCCCCCACCACCACCACCAUUUGACGCAAUGGCCAGUUAUGCAACAAAAAGGCACAAAAGGAAAAACAAUCCUUCUGACCUCCACAACGGCCACUACAUCCAUCCUACAGUGUUCCAGAGAUCAUUCUAUGUACCACUACACACUCGUACACUGACACCCGUUUACCCAUGGUCAUAUUGGCCAAAUGACUCCAGAAUGGGCCAUUUGUCCAGUCCCCAGGCUCUGCGUGUCUGUCAGCAAGGCCAGUUUGCUGUGCACCAAAGGGAAGCAUUAACUGUGUUAUUUUAACCAGAGGGAUUCCAAGUGUGUGUUUAUUGUGGAAUGAUGACACUGACGUCUGGGAUUAAGCCGUGUGCAUAGGCCAAACCAGAUUGAAAGGUGGGCUCUGCUGUUAGGAUAUCAUUGCUAAUUUAUUCUAAAACAUUUUAAUAAAGGUGUAUUAAUGAGAAACUUAUUUAUGAUAUUUCGGUAGUAUCAUACUUAUUAUUAUGGAUCAUUUCAUUCUAGGUAGGCUGGCUAAUGCUUUCUCUGUUUUCAAUGUUAUAGAAAUUCCAAACAAUUGCCUAGACCAUUUCCUGGUUUGAUGACAGGUAUCUGUCUAGUAAAUGGGAGCAUUAUAAUGAUUCUAAUCAUGUGUGUUUUGUGAUCCCAGGAGAAUGUUCCCCUCUGUCCGAGUGAAAGUGAAAGGCCUGGAUUCCUCCAAACAAUAUUACAUUGCCAUGGAUAUCGUCCCAGUGGAUUCAAAAAGAUACAGGUAUUUAUUGCUUGAUCUUAAUUAGGUUACUAUUAACAAGAGCAUUUGUUCUCCAACAAAAUAUUACAAUUCUCUGUGUAAAAAAAUAAGAUAAAUUAAAAAUACUGAUCUAGUUUUAUAUCCUUUUUUCACCCUAUUUAUUCAUUUUAAUAGCUGGGAUUAUUGCAAUAGACGAAAUGGGGAGUUAUAACUAAUUUAAAGUUUUAGAAAUAUUUUCAAUUAUUCAAUAUUUAAACUGUUGGAUGCAGCAAUACAUAGACAGGAAAUGCACGAAUCAAAAUGGAAUUUUAUUUUUUGUAUAAAUGGAAAUUGUUUUAGAAAAUUCAUUUUGCAACAUUAAGCUUAAAACGGAUUUGGAAAAUGUAUCCAGCUCAACAAAAGUCACAGUUUGGGUAUUUAAGCCUGAAUUUUGCAUUGCAUUACUACAGUUAGGUAAAUAAACUCCAAGGAAAUGUAAAUUUUGGUCAAAAUAGUACCAUGUAUAAGAUUCACCAACUCAGUUAAUUUUCCAUCUGGACUAUUUUAAGAUGCAAGGGUAAUAUAGACUCAUUUUAUUAUAGAUUAUAGAUUAUAGUUAUUGUACAGGUUUUUUUUUUUAUUACAAGCUUUAGAAAUUAUCUAUAGAAGCAUCAUUACAAAAAAGUAGGGUAACUUUCUAAAAGUAAUGCAGUCUCCAUGGAAACUGACAGAAUGUUCCAGCUCAUUGCUCCACUUUUACAAAUUGUCUCUACUUUUCUCUUAGCAAAACUUUUAUUGUUUUGCUAAGACCUGUUUACAUCUUUGUCUUAGGAUAGAAUGGUUUUCAGGUAUUGCAAAUACAUAGGUACACAUUCCAUCCAUCCAUUCAUCCACCCACCCACCCAUCCACCCACCCAUCUGACCAUCCAUCCAUCCAUCCAUCCAUCCAUCCACCCACCCACCCAUUCAUCCAUCCACCCACCCAUUCAACCGUCCAUCCACUCAUCCAUCCAUCCAUCCAUCCAUUUGACCAUCCAUCCAUCCAUCCACUCAUCCAUCCACCCACCCAGCUACCCACCGAUCCAUCCAUCCAAACACCCACCCAUCCAUCCAACCAACCACCCACUCAUCAUCCAUGCAGGCUCAACCCACACGUCCAUCCAUCCAUCCAUCCAUCUACCCAUCCAUCCAUCCACUCACCCAUCAUCCAUCCAUCCUCUAAUGCUCUGUAAUGUGAUAUAAUGCAAUAUAUAAUGUGUUCUGGUAUACUGAUACUGUCUGUGCCUGGCUCUAGGUAUGUCUAUCACAGCUCUCAGUGGAUGGUUGCUGGGAAUACGGACCAUUCCUGUAUCAGCCCAAGGCUUUACAUUCACCCAGACUCACCAUGUUCUGGAGAGACCUGGAUGAGACAAAUCAUCAGCUUCGACAGAGUUAAACUGACAAACAAUGAGAUGGACGACAAAGGACAUGUAGGUGUGCAUUUUAUACAAAUCUAUCCAUAUGAGAUUUAUUUUACACAAAAUCUGUCCAAUUUUGGCCCCUCAACUCCCCAAAUUGUACAGAACUAAAUACUGGUUGAUAAAAAUAGGUUUUGUCAUCAGGCAGCCUGACACAAAAGACUGUAGUGUCCAUUUUUAUUGACCAGACGCGAAGAGCUGGAUGAGCAGGACACAGCGAACUAGAGUCUUCUGCCUAAGGGUGUCUCCCCUGACUACAAACGUGCAUUUUUAUUCAUUAAGCGCCUGCAGGUACCUGAGAUUUAAAUCUAGCCCAGCAGACACACGCUAUUGCGGCCAUACCAAGCACCUUGGGUGUAAGGAGGAAGACCAAUUUGGAAAGUUCUCCUCUCUGUUGUUGAAAUGCGACAAUGUGAUGUAGUCUGAAAUGUGGUGAAAGUUCUAAAUAAGGGGCAAUCUCCAUGGCAACAAAUGGAAUCAGGAUGACAUUCCGUUCGCAAUUGCUAAUUUCACUUUUCAGAUUAAUAGCUUGAAACCUCUAGUAUACCAUUUAAUAACAACAUACAAUGUGACAGCAGAUAAGAACCCUUUGGUCCAUCUAGUCUGCAUCAUUAGUCCCCUUAUCUUAUAUAUAAGAUAGCAUAUCUAUCUAUCUAUCUAUCUAUCUAUCUAUCUAUCUCGAUCUGUGUGUCUUUCUAUCACUGUAUUGUCUCUUUAAGUUUAUUACGGGAGUUUGUUAGAGACAAACAAAAAUGUGAGAUUUGCCACAUUUUACUAUUCUGACUUCUUGAUCCUCAAUAUAUAAAAUAUUUUGGCCAAGGAUGUGUAUUCAGAUUAAAUUCCUGACAAUUCUCACUGUAGUGAACAACCCUGUGUAAAGGGUUAAUACGAUCCUCAAUUCAUUUUACUUUUAUUGUAUUUAAUUUUGUAUGGACAGUAAUUGCUUAUAAAACAGAAAGCCCUGGUGAAAUUAAAAACUCACUUUUCUAAUAUAUGCCCAGCUGAAUGGUUUUGAAAAUAUUUUUUUUUUUUUUUUGCAAAGGGUUUACUUAUUCAUUAAAGACAGGAAUUGUCAGGAAUUAACUCAGAAAUUUUAAAUCAAAAGCUAGAUAGCUCUGAGGGACACAGAGGUGUUGGAGAAUCCAGUUAUUAUGGACUAGAAGUUGUUCUCCAAAUAAUUCAAAAAAGGCGUACUGGGAAUUAUCUUUUUUAUUUUGAUUGGUGUCUAUUUUUACAAUGAGCAAAGAAAUACGGAAUGAAAGCAGUGUAAAGGCAUUACAAAUUCUAGCACUAGAAUUUCCAACUGUAUAGUUUCAGAUUUGGAAUAUCUUUGCAUAUAUCAACCAAUAAAAAUAAAGGGUUAUGCCCUAUACCAGAUCUCGAGCUGGUUGGAGAUAAGUGAAUGUACUUUCGGUAUUUUAUACACACACAUACCUUCCACAGAUUUCAUAGAUAGAGAGUCUGCACAUCCAUAAAUUAUAAAGAUGACCACCAACUCCUUGUUUCUGUGUCCAAAGUCAGCAGAAAUAAUGUGCCCUCAAGCAACAGUCUUUGAUCGGGUCUUUGAGGCCAUAUGUGCAAGGUUCUGGGCAACACUGGAUCAGCGUAUUCAGGGGAUAUAGGUAACGGCAACCAAGAGAAUCUGGCUCCAGUGCCUGGUGCAUUUGCAACUCCCCAGGACUCGGCUAGACCGCUAGCCAGCUGGAAAAGGUCUCUUGAGCCUAGUCGGAGGCUUCAUAGACCACAUCAUGAAAGCACCAUUACCUAUCUGGAGGGCUCAUUGAACAUCACCUGAAAACUCCCUUGGAGAGCCAAGUUAGCCCGCAACCGCAGCCACCUACUGAGGCUUUGAAUACUACUAGGCCUCGAGAUAGAACCCCCAACCAGUAUUUCUCUCCAGGCGAGUUGGAUUACAGGAUUCCUGCGAUGAGGUUGUCUUCCCAAAACUUGGAGUCAGUUGAUAAGCAGUCUUAUAUCUGUUUAGAGUUAUGGCAGGAGACUUCCCUAAGUCGUUUUAUCUACCUAGUUGCUAAUUUGUCUACUUUACAUACUAUACAGACCUACUAAAUUGAUGAUUUGACUGCUCCAGUGGCUAUAUAUAUAUAUUUGUAUGUUUAAGCUAUUUCUGUUUAUCGUCAUUUAUUCUUGUAAAUCUAUAAAGUCUCUGUCCGAGUGCAAGUUAAGAAGAGCAUCAACCAAAUAUUUGUUUAUUUUCGCUUAGAUCACUGCUUCUGAGAAAUAUUUAUUUGACAGUUUCUUUAAUGAAAACGAGACAUUAUCCAUCUUUAUGAGCUAGUUUUUGCUGUUUGUUACCUCUGACAUGUUGAUUAGAUAUAUACUACUUUCAUUGGAAUGUACUAUUCUUUAUGGCUCAAUUUAAAAUUGAAAUUACAAAACAAAAAAAAAGAUAUAGGAAAUAAAUAAUGAAUAACAUACAUAUUAUGAUUUUCUUGUAACAGAUUAUCUUGCAGUCAAUGCACAAAUACAAGCCACGUGUUCACGUCAUUGUCCAGAAUUCCAGAUUCGAUUUGUCUCAGAUUCAGUCCCUGCCAGAAGAAGGUGUUAAAACAUUUUCAUUCAAAGAAACAGAAUUCACUACAGUGACAGCGUACCAAAACCAGGAAGUGAGUCAAAAUCCAACAGUAUCACUGUGUCAUAUAUUUAUCUAACACUGUCUCUUUAACAGCACUAGGAGAAUCUGUGUGCGUCUCUCUGCAUUACUGCAAACCAUAGAGUGUUGGGGUCACUCAAAAAUGCCCCUGUUAUAUGUUCAAGCAGACAUUGACAGGGCUAGUCACUAAAGAGAGAAUUCAAAGUAAAUUUAAAAUUCAAGGUAAAACUAACCAAACUGGAAAAAUUAUCUAAGUCAGCUGUGCUGUGCUCAGAGAGUUUUGCAACAUACUCAAACAUUAUACAGGUAAAAUAUUAACAUUAUGUUGGCAUAUGCUCAAUGAUGACUCCAUGAUACUCACACUGCGCCAGAAUGAACUAUUAACCAAGUGGGAACUGUUCGUUGAUAGCCGUCCGUCAUCCUCUACCUGUUGUGAGGUAUAUUGGGGGUUAGUUUUAAGAGCCGGCCCCCUGUGGCUUCUUCAACGUGGUUGCUGUGUCCUGGGUGGAGUAAUGGUGAUCACUUAGCAGUUUAGGUGUAAACAUGGCCACCUCUAUGCCAGGGGAAAACUGACAUCAAAACCUUCAUCAUUGCUUUUGAAAGGGGAUGGAGAGUGGUGUUGAUAAUACAUAUAGGGAGCUCCACUACAUUGUGUGCCAUGUAAUGCAUGACUCCCAAGUGUCCCUAUUUAGGAGGGACAGUCUCUAUUUUGGGUCAAAGUCCCUCUUUUCUAUCCUAAUGUGCCUCUUUCUAGGAGCUCCAUAUAAUUGGUGUGUUUAAGUGUAUAACAGAGCUCGACAGCAACAAUUCUCCCAGUAAUGUGUCUUUUACAAUAAAUGUGUUUGGAAAUCAGUCUGUGGAAAUAAGAUACUUAUUCUAAAUUAUAUUUUAUUUGCAUAAAUUGCUAUUAGUAAUUCACCUAUUCCUAAUUCACGCAUUUAGGAACACCAGGGAACAGCCCCCAGGCAGCACAGUGUAAGUGCAUUAUUAGACCCAAUUGUGCACUGCAGCGAGCACUAGAACCAUGUAGGGAGCGCUGUAGAAUCUGACCCACUGAUGUCUGGAGCAGGCCAUGCAUGCUGAGUUGUGGGCCGUCCCACCAAUUAAGGGUGCUGCUAGUACCCGCCCUGACCGCCCACCAAUUAAGGGUGCUGCUAGUGCCAGCCCCCCAAUUAAGGGUGCUGCAAAUGCCUGCCCACCAAUUAAGGAUGUGCUAGUGCCCGCCUACUAAUUAAGGGUGCUGCAAGUGCCCGCCCACCAAUUAAGGGUGUUGCUUGUGCCCACCCACCAAUUAGUAAUAAAUUAAAGUCUGUUGGAGAUUAUAGUUUAUGUUUAUGUUAGUUAAUGUUGCCAGUGACACCAACCACAUCCCAAGCACCACCCUUAAUUAGUGGGUGGGCACUAGCAGCACUCUUAAUUGGUGGGUGGGCACUAGCGCCACCCUUAAUUGGUGGGCAGGAACUAGCAGCACUCUUAAUUGGUGGGAAGGCACUAGCAGCACCCUUAAUUGGUGGGCGGGCACUAGCACCACCCUUAAUUGGUGGGCGGGAACUAGCAGCACUCUUAAUUGGUGGGUGGGCACUAGCACCCCCCUAAUGGUGGGCGGGCUCUAGCAGCAACCUUAAACGUAGUUUUCAAAAAUUGUACUUUGCUCAUACAGCAGAUAUAAAAUAGAAAUCGUUUAAUAAUCUAAUACAAAAAAACCCUUGUUUUCUUUGAAAAUGUAUAUGCAUCUAAAAUGAUCUAGAUACAAUAUAUUUACACAGUAUUGCAGUACACAUUUAAAGGUACGUUUUAGAAAUGUAAGGAAAAGGCCCCUUUAGGACUAAUCUGAUUAAUGAUUGAAGGUUUGCAUCAUCUUAAAAUUUCGGUAAAUUAAGUAUAAAUGAAGAGAAUACAUUUGUACAGCUUUUUUUUUUAACAGUGGUGAUAAAUAUAUAUUCCUUAUCUAAAUCCUUAUAUAUUUUAAUAUAAUGUAAACAAUAUAUCCAAAUUUAACCUACUUACUUUACAUUAGCAUGUAAAUAAAAUCGUAUAAAUUAUUAUAUGUGUGUAAUAAAUAUUAAUUGUUCAUUUAUUGCAACAUAUACAUUAAUAUACCACUUCUAUAGACUGACACAUAUAACAAGUAGAAAUAAAAUAAUUAGAGUCCAUUAUGUUAAUAAAAUAUUAUUUGCAUAAAUGAUUAAAAAAAAUAAAAAAUUAUAAUUAAUACAUUUUUUAAUAUAAUCAGGCAUUCAUUAAUAUUAAGAUAUAUAUUAAUUUAUGGUAAACUUGGCUUAAUAAUCACAUAGUAAAUAUUUUAAUUUAUACAUGUAAUGUAAUAGUGCUUGUGCCUUCUUUGUCGUUAAUGUAUACUAGACUGUAUAAUUGUAUCGUUUUUUUAAUUUAGUUUUUACUGCACACAUUUUAUUGAACGUUGUUAAUAAAUCAAUCAACAAAGCUUGAAAAAACAUGUACUGUGUUUUGUAUAAUUUCUUUUUGGUUUUGUUUAUUUUUUUUAGAUUACUAAACUCAAGAUUGACAGAAACCCUUUUGCAAAGGGAUUUCGGGAUCCUGGUAGAAACAGGUAAAUGAAAGGACGUGAAAACUACACUUCAUUGGGGGAUGGGAGGCAAACCCAGAGCAGUUAGAAAAAUAUUCCGAAUAUUAACCAAUUGUAAAACAAAUUCACAAUAUUUAUAAUUUAAUUUAAUUUUUUAUUUAAAUCUAAAACUGAAAAAAAUACAGCCCAUAAACCUGUAAUACUGUGAAAAUAGUGGAUCCACUAGGGAAAUCCUAUUCACAUUUUUAAUUUUAUUACUUGGAUUUUUCACACCGUAGUGCUUAGCUGAUUUUGAGUUUUUUAUUUACUGCUUACAUUUAUACGUUGUUACAAGUUAUUCUUCUAAAAGUAUAUAUUGUCUAUUUCAGCUGGUCCAGCUAAUUUUUAAUAUAUUAUUAUAUUUAUGUGUCAUCAUGUGUCAGAAAGAGAAUAAUUUGCACUGUUUCUCUAUAACAAUAAAUAAAUAAAAAUCAUCACAUUGCAUUUCAUGUAAAAAAGAUAAAAUACAGAUUUAUAAAAUGGCUAUACUUUCUAAAAACACCUACUGUAUGUGAGAAAAUUAGCAUUUGUGCUUUUAUGCUAACGCGUCAUACCCUGAAUCAAAUAUUGCAAGAUAAAGGACAUACUGUCUGAAGCCUUCCAUUUCCAAAACAUUUUUAUAAACAAUGAACGAAUAAGUAAAAAAUAAAAAGUGUGUACAUUUACAUAUUUUUUUUUUAAUUUGACUGCAAAGCACUAUAUACACAAAUUCGCUGUGUUACGAUAUGUUUACAUGCUAGCUAUGCAUCUCACGUUUCAAAUAAAUGUUAUGCGAAUAUUUUUUCAAUCGAAAAGCGCUUGGCAGUAAAGGGGUUAAAACAAAACCAGACAUCAUUUCUAUAAUAGCAUUCUGUGUUGAUGUGUCUGGAAAAUAAAUAUAAAAAGCUCACAAAAAACCUCUUAGUAUGUAAAACCAUUUCUUAAUUUCUUACGAUAUGUAAUAAUUGGCCUCCCUACAUGAUGACCUGAUCCCACCCUAAGCAAACUGGAAGAACAGUUUGUGCACUUAAAGGGUUAAACGCGGGCAAGUAGUUUCAUUUUCUGAAUGUGGUUCUAAAUAAUUGAAAGAUUUAGUAAUAAUUUGCUAUUUGAUUAAUAUAUAACUGCUAGUGCUUUAAAAGUGAUUGUUAAAUUAUUUAAAAAAUUUUAAAUACAUUUUUAAUAAAAAUAAUUUCUAUUCAAAUAAAACCACCUUAUUUUUUUACAUUAAUUAUUUAUUCUCAAUCACUUAUUCUCCCUCAAACGUUGCAAAGCUGACCAUCGUUACAUCCGUUUUAUCUUUCAGAGGUGUGUUGGAUGGCCUUCUGGAGACCUACCCGUGGAGACCAUCCCUUCCUCUAGAUUUUAAGACCUUUGGGGCAGAAACACAUGGUAAGUGAACUGGCGGCUGGAAUACUAGCAUCGUGGGAUUAAAAGGAACAUUGCGCAGCCAUUAAUCAACCUGUUUACGAUGGCGUAUUAGGAUAGAGAAAGUACAGGUGCUACACGCUCACUGCGUUUUGCUUUACAGAUGUAAAACACAAGAUAUAAAGCAGGUUCGAUCUACGACUAGUGUUAAGGGACUUAAACGAUACACACAAGUUAAACUGUAUAAUAAAUCAAAUCCAUACUCAGAAACGUUCUGUUAUUCGACGUGGCUAUUUACGAUAUGGAUAUCAAAAAAUAUACGUGUUCUUGAGGAUUAUCUGUUUUUACAUGACAUUGUUGCUCGGAUAAUAGAUAUAGAAGUCUGGCAAAUGUGUCUGUUUGUGAUCAAACUAUAUAUUAUACUGACUUAAGGCGCGAGUGCACGGGGCCCCUUCCUGUAGGUGACAGCACAAAACGUGUUAGAAUACUAUCGCCGGCUGCAGGCAGCUAGCCAGUAAAAUUGAAGGCACUUUCAGUUUUACACCUGUAGUCCUUAUGGCAUUUCUGUCAAAGGUGUUUAUAACAUGCUGGAUAGUACGUAUUUAUAGCAUAACGUGUUUUUUUAAUCUUGAUAUUAAAUGAGGAAAGGGCUCUUGCUGCAGGCUAGCUAGUAACGAGCAUGAUAAAGAUAUGUUUCACGAAGCUCUGGUUUAUGGCGCUAGCUGUGGGUAGAUAUAAAAAUGUUAAAAGAACGCUGCACAGUGAGCGUUAUAGAAAUCGCAGCCGAACAUCGGGAAGCUUACUCGUUUCCUAAGAUUUGAAGGGUCAUUGUCAUUAAGCAGGACACCAUUGAUUUGCUGCAUGAGUAAAACCGUUUAUGGUUUACUGCGAUGGUAAUCAUUUUAUUGUUGUACUCAGUGCUGUACUGAUCCACUGUAAAGCAGUAUAACCUGCGAUGUAGAUUUAACCCUAACUUUCAGUCCCAAUAAUUUGUAAUAACCCCAAAACUUUACCCUAAGCUCCAAAACCCUAGUUGCCCCUAAUGCUACAAAUCUCUCUAACUUACCUCCAAAUGUAUUUAUAUAUUUAUAAAAUAUUUUACCAGGAAGGAUACAUUGAGAUUUCUCUUGUUUUACAAGUAUAUCAAAUAUAACUUUACCCUAGAAGUAUUAUUGAUGAUAUUAAAGGAGAGAAUACUGCUGUAUUUUUAUAGAUCUAUACCAUUAAAACAUAAUGAUCCAAUGUCAACAUUUAAACCUCACUGUGAAUUUAAUGCAUAUUUUGGCAUUUUAGAUAGAUUAGAUAGAGAGACAGACAGACAAUGAUUUCUAAGUGAUUAUAAUGCAUAUUUCUCAUCUGUUCCCAGUAGGAAGCUCGGGCUCUUCCCCUAUCACCUCCAGUGGUGGAACGCCAUCGCCUCUCCUAUCUCCAUCCUGCUCCCCUACUUCAUUUCACUUACCAUCUAGCAACCUCGGAAUACAAUGCCCCGAGAACUAUCUGCACAAUCUCAACAUGCCGCUCUGCUACAAAAUCUGCCCUACCAACAUUCUCAGACCAAGGUCUUUUCUGCUUUCAAACCAUGAAAAACCUGUUGGACCAGGCGGUCAUAUUCUUUCUCCUCUCAUGGUCGACGUUCCUCUGCUUUCUUCAUUUGGGAUCUCAAAGUCCAACAAACUGGAAACUUAUAAGGGUCAUUGUACGCAAUCCCCGCCGUCCUCCAAUCCAAUGUUAUUUGGAUUACCGUCGUCUGGAAACCAUUUCCCAUCAAAUGCUAUAUCUCGGGAAUCCCUGAACUAUGGUUUACAUCCUCCCUACGGCUUUUAUGGCUACAAUCUUUCGGUGCCAUCUCACUUUAUGACCGCAGCGAGCCAUUUAAAAAUGGCGGACAGUUUUCCAUGUUCUUUAAGGGACGUCAGAUGCAAUAAUCCACAUUGGCAAUCUACAGUAAAUCACUGCUUGUAA